GGUCGGUGCCGGUGGGACCCACGAUCAGAAUCUUAACGACGACGUUUUGACGUGGUAGUCCAAUUCCAAUUCUGGUUCGUUUUCUUGAGAACAGGUGCAACUGUGCAAGCAACGUAACGCUGUACAGCUCAGAUGCCAUGAACAUGGAAGGAAGACAAAGGAGAAGUUACAGGAACAACGAAACCACAUAGCUGUUUCCCUCUAUCCUCCCAUCCCAAUUCAACACCAUCUCAUUGAUCCUACACACAUACAUAGCAAUUAUCGGAGCAAUGGCGGCGAGAGGAAUCAAGCGCCGCCACGUUACCACUACCUUCAGCUGGAAGCUGCUGAUUCUCCUCUCCGCUUCCAUCUCCUCCGUCGUCGUUUUACUUCUCUUCUUCACCUUUCACUCUGCUAACAAUGUCACUCACAAACCCCCAAUUCGAAUUCCUCGCGUCUUCGAUGGCCCACCCAAGAUCGCAUUCUUGUUCCUCGUUCGCCGCAACAUCCCCCUUGAUUUUCUCUGGGGUGCUUUCUUCCAGAAUGGGGAAGUGGCGAAGUUUUCGAUUUUUGUUCAUUCCAUGCCUGGGUUUGUGUUGGAUGAGUCAACCACCAGGUCGCACUUCUUCUACGGUCGACAACUCAGUAAUAGUAUUCAGGUAUCAUGGGGAGAAUCAACUAUGAUUCAGGCUGAAAGAUUGUUACUGGAAGCAGCUUUGGAAGACCCUGCAAAUCAAAGAUUUGUUCUUCUCUCCGACAGCUGUGUUCCUCUGUACAACUUUUCCUAUGUGUACAAUUAUGUAAUGGUUUCUCCAAAGAGUUUUGUGGACAGCUUUCUUGAUGUGAAAGAGGGCCGCUACAACCCAAAAAUGUCACCCAAGAUACCAAGGGAAAAAUGGCGUAAAGGUUCCCAGUGGAUCACCUUAAUUCGUAACCAUGCAGAAGUGAUUGUAGAUGAUGAUGUUACUUUUCCUGUCUUCAAGAAGUUCUGUAAGAGACGUCCAGCAAUUGAUACCAGAAAGGGAAAGCUGAAUCUUAAACUUCAGAAGCAGCACAACUGUAUUCCAGAUGAACACUAUGUGCAGACAUUGCUUGCGAUGCGUGACCUUGAAGGUGAACUUGAACGUAGAACAAUAACCUAUACCCUGUGGAACCAGUCAAAAACGGAGAAUAAAGGCUGGCAUCCUGCUACUUUCAGCUAUGCAAAUGCUAGCCCUAAAAGGAUCAAGGAAAUGAAGGACAUCCGCCAUGUUUAUUAUGAGACCGAAUACCGGAUAGAAUGGUGUCGUACCAAUUCAACAUUCGUUCCGUGUUUCUUGUUUGCUAGGAAAUUCUCUCAGGGAGCUGCUAUGCGCUUGUUGAGCGAGGGAGUUGUUGACCACUUUGAAAUUUCUGCAUUGUUAGACACUCCACCAUGACAUGUCUAACGCUUCUCUCGAACGUCUUUUUAGCCGUAUACUGACCUGCUUAGAUGUAUACUUCCGGCAUUAAAGGAAAUCACUUCCAAGUUAGAUACAGCAUACAACAUACGACAGAUUAGAUAUUGGAGACAAAGGUGAGCUGACAGGGACCAUUUUAUCUGGCUCAGUGAGAGGCUUGAUACAACAAACCACAAUUGUCCCACAGUGAACAGUCAGAGAGUAGAAAGUAGGUUAUAAUAUAAAAUGAAGCAUUUAGUUUAGUGGCAUCUAGAAAUAUUAUUUUGCAAAGCUGGAAUUCUAAUGUCAGUCAUAUUUUGAAUUGUCCUCUCAUGGAGGAGGAUACCUGUGUUAAUAGAGAGCAAGAUUUGGUUAGUGAGAAUUCAAGUUAUUUUGCUUU